GAAUUAGUCUGAGAAGAUAAACCAUCUUUUUUUUUUUUUUUCUUUUCUGUUUCUUUCCCGCGUAGACCCCCCACCGGCCACCGCCACCGCCACCAUACGCUCUUUAUCGGCCUGCUCCGGCAGCCCAUUGUGUAUAGCCAUAUAUAACUUCCUGAUUUCUCAGCAUCUACAUACAGUUGGAAACCCCUAAUUAUUCCCAUGUCGGCGGCGGAAUCCCUGAGCAUCGGGGACGAACAAUAUAUUUCAAUUCCCUGCGGGGGUCCUAUCUAUAGCCCCCAUAUGCUUGGGCGCCUCACUAGGGUUUCUGAGUUUGAGAGCUCUGUAUUCGAACAACUUCAGAAUCUCAAGGCAGAGAUUGGUUGGGACUCGCUCGAGAUAUCUGAUGACGAAUUUUGUGUUAAUGAUCUUAAAAUAAUUAACGAGGAGGUCUUGGUAAAUAGGGCUUUUGAAGAGGCAUUUAAGGAUGGGCAGCUGAUAGAAAAUGUUUCACAAAAAUCCCAGGAGCAAUCAUGUCAAAGGUUGGGAGGAAACGACACUUUAGUUUCUUGUGACUCCUCAACUGGUGGUCCUAGAAACUUUGAAAAGACAGUAUCAAAUGAUAAUGUUUCACAAAAGAGGAAGAGGAAGAGGCAUGUGAAUCGGGAAACUGUUGAUCUUGAAGAAGGAUAUGUUGCAAAGGUGCAAGAACUUGCAAAAAUCAAACAAAAACAAGAUGAAGAUAAAACAGCAGCGAGAUUGCAUUCAUUCAAUGGUAGUUGCAGGAAUCAAUCUCCUACUAGUUCCCAGAUGAAUAAUGACAAGAUGACAUCACUCAAGUCAACAAGUUUUUCACCUAAGGUGAGAUUAUCCAAUGCUCCUGAGCAAGUUCCAGUUCAUUUUCCUGAAGUUAUUCUCUGCCUUGAGGUUUACCAUCGCAGCAGAGCAUGGUCUAAGACACAAGAAUUUUUGGUUCUUGGGCGACAGUUUUUGACUGAAGUGAGGGACAAGAUAUAUUGUUUAACUGAUGAGAUCAUGAAAAAGGCUGGCCAGUAUGAUCCAUCUGGAUACUUCCUGGUAGAGGAUGUAUUUUGCAAUGAUACGAGGGAACCUUCAGCAAUAGAUUACAGUAAGCCCAUUUUUAAGUGGCUUGAACACUGUAGGAAUGAUGCACUUGAAAAAUGGGAGUUCAUUGUAGCUGGUGAACAACAGCAGCACCAGAAGCAAAAGGCAUUUCUAGAUAACAAUGAAAAACUACAGUUACCACGAUUCAAAGCUGUUCACAUGCAAAAAACUCGCUUUUGUGACCUUGGAUUUCGACUUGGCGCUGGAUAUCUCUAUUGUCACCAGGGGGAUUGCAAACACCUAAUUGUCAUUAGAGACAUGAGGUUGAUCCACCCAGAGGAUGUACAGAGCAGAGCCUCGUAUCCACUGAUAACCUUUCAAUCUAAAUUGCGUUUUAGAAAAUGCUCGAUUUGCAAGAUUUAUAAGGCGACCAAGGUUACAGUCGAUGACAAAUGGGCUCUGGAGAACCCUUGCUAUUUCUGUGAUCUUUGCUAUUACAUGCUUCACUAUGCAAAUGGCUCUCUGCUGUAUAGUGACUUCUCUGUAUAUGAUUAUCUUCAUGAAUAGUCAAACAGAUGAUAGAGUUUGUGUGUUCAAACCGUAUGCAGUGCGGCAGUUGAACUUCAAGAGCUUUAAUUAUAUCUGUUGUUUUUGCCUGCAUAUGAAAUGCAUAAAGAUAUGGUAAUGAUUUUUUCUAUUUCCUUAU